GGGAGGCUGGUCGCAGGUUUGAAUAGGGAAGUUUACAGCGCGUGAGACGCGCAGUCCGUGUGGUGUUUGCAGGUCGCGCGAACAACGUACGGUGCGUCUGUAAGAAGAGGAGGCUGCUGCUGCUGCUUGGAACCGCCAAACACAUUUUUAUUCAUAUGCAAGGCGCGUGCUGCAAGUGUACCAGGAUCCCUCGCGCACGGGUGGAACUUCCAAAAGAGAUUUAAACAUUCUUUUUUUCCUCCCCUCAUCCGAGUAGUUGCAUUUACGCGUGGGAUUUACAAUGGAUGUCAUUCCGAUGUGCAGCAUCUUUCAGGAACUUCAGAUCGUCCACGACACGGGCUACUUCUCGGCUCUGCCCUCCCUCGAGGAGUACUGGCAGCAGACUUGUUUGGAGCUGGAGAGGUACCUUCAGAGCGAGCCCUACGUUUCCACAGCGGACCUCAAGUUCGAUGGCCAGGAGGACCUCUGGAGCAAGCUCAUUCUGGCCUGUGGGGACAAAGGAACGUCCGACUCGAAAGUGCCCGUCGUAAAAGAGGAGGACAGUCCAGACAGCCUUGUCCUGGAGACGAGCCUCUUCCACUCGGACGCCAGCAGCGAGGCGUCCGACAGCUCCGAGGAGCUCUCCCCGACGCUCAGCUACGGCGCAAACCCCCUGAACAACGUUCUGGUUGGCACGGCACGCCUGGGCUCCCCGGAUGCGGGCAGCCCGCCUCCAUCCCCAGAAACGGCCCGCGACCUAGCCGCGCAGCAGGUGUGGCCUGACCUACAGGGGGCGCUGCCCUCUCCGGGGAAAGGGCGCUCGGCACGGAGCCCGGAAAAGGGACUCCUUGGUGACGGGGAAACGGCAGCGGAUGGAAGGCGGCGAGCGCACAGGUGUCACUUCAACGGGUGCCGGAAGGUGUAUACCAAGAGCUCCCACCUGAAAGCGCACCAGCGCACCCACACAGGUGAGAAGCCGUACAGGUGUUCGUGGGAAGGGUGCGAGUGGCGUUUUGCACGGAGCGACGAACUAACGCGGCACUUCAGGAAGCACACAGGUGCCAAGCCUUUCAAAUGCUGCCACUGCGACAGGUGUUUCUCCAGAUCCGACCACUUGGCGCUUCACAUGAAGAGACAUCAGUGAGCGAACCUUGGGGGGAGAGCUGGGGCCGCAGGGCGAAGAGUGAGGGAUAGGUCUUGUUACUCAGCUAGCUUCACUUUUGGACGCCCCCUAGUGGAUGGGAUGGUGUUCCAGCCAAAGCAUGCCAUUUUGCGCCAUCCCCCCCCCCCCCCGCCCCCGGUGCCUCCAGGACGUGUCGGGAGAAAAAGCUCCAAAGGUUUUCGACACAAGCGCAAAUUACGGUGCAGAAAAAUGUUCAGCAGCUGGGAAGGAGUCGGGGAAAAAAAAGAAAGAAAGAAAUUUAAAAAAAAAAAAAAAAAAAAAGAAAGAAAGAAAGAAAAAAGAGUGAAUAGGUCUUAAUGGUUGGGGGACCUCUGGGACACACAUAAUGGGACUUGAUUGGCUCCCGAAUUCUCUGCCGUGAGCAUGUGCACUGAGAGCGUUUGACGAGGCCACUGCUCACCUGUCCUUCCCCGGGACCGAAUGAUACCGAGGAGCAGUUUUCUUUUUGCUCAAACAUUGUCGGCCCACGUCGCUCAGGUUUCCAUGGGGGUUUGUUGCCAAGGCCACCGGGGAGGUGGGUGGAGCCUGGAUGGGUGGGGGACUGUCGACUCAGCAGCGCCCGUCCAGCGUGGGCCGAAUUCUCAUUCUUUAUCACGAGGGACGUUCUCAUGCUUGGUGCAGCUACUAAAUGUGCAAUCUGUUCAGUAGCCUGUCUGACACGCUACGAAGCUCAUUUGUAGUCCGGUGUAUAAGCUGUGUACCUAGAGAUAUAACACAACUAUAACGUCAUUAUACUAGACAGGUGUUGCAUGGUUCUCAGUUUUGUGCACUCCCUGUUACUUGUAAUCAGGACUGCAAGUUUGAAUAAAAGAGCAGCUAAACUAUGAAAAAAAAAAAUGGUAAAAAUGUUACAAUAUAUUGUACAUAAAACCUUGAUUUUU